AUCCUAUCCUUUAAUUAUCUUUGACACUACACCGGUAGAGGCUUUUAAAGGGGUGCAAAUUUAAAUGACAUUUUGGUCCACUGUAGUGUAGUUUUUUUUUGUUUUUUACAUUACGUGUAGUGUAAAAUUUUUCACUACACUAAAAAUGACUUCACUUUAACAUUUUAAAGUAAAGGACUGUUUUUUGUUUAAACCAGCUUCAACCAGUAUUAUGGACUCAUGGACCUGUAUGACUAGUGCUGGUCAUUCCUGGCAUUUUCAAUAGAAAAAUAUGAGAUCCACACAUUUUUUGAAAAUAGAAUAUCACCGUUUAUACCAUAAGCGUGGGUAUAUCUAGCGUGGGAUCCAAUCUAGUGGUGUGCUGCUGAAACUGACAGAUUUAGCUCAAGGUUCUGAAAAAAGACGUUUGGGAAAUAGGCCAUAAACAGGAUUCGAACCCUGAACCUAACCAUGUUCAUCUGAUGCACGGAGGAGAAUGUACAUUAAUUGCCAGCUGCGCCCCGCCCUCACUUGCUCAUUUUGUCUGGAAUCGUCUUUUAGCCUGUGAAUCGGUUCUCUCAGUUAUCUUUACCGUUCCUCUGUACAGUCAGGAGAGAUGGCUGCAGCUGAGGGUGCAAAUACAAUGUCGGACGAAACAUCAGCCCAGAGCACAUGUCACCGAGAUGGGUACGAGGGUAAAUGUGUCUUCUGUAAAAUUGUCCAUAAGGAGAUCGACACUGAAUUCAUGUAUUGUGAUGAAGAACUGGCAUGUUUUAAAGAUGUUAAACCAGGAGCGCCACACCACUAUCUUGUGAUUCCCACUAGCCAUGUGGGAAACUGCAAAAGUCUGAAAAAGGAGCACAUCCCAUUAGUGGAGAAGAUGGUGGAGGUUGGAAAAAAAAUGCUGCAGCAGAACAACUUUACUGAUCUUAAUGACAUUAGGUUGGGUUUCCACUGGCCCCCGUUCUGUUCCAUAGCUCACCUGCACCUCCACGUGCUGGCGCCAGCCAGUCAGAUGGGAUUCAUCUCCAGAAUGUUUUACCGGAUCGAUUCCUAUUGGUUUAUUACAGCUGAACAACUUCUCGAGAGACUAAAUUCCCUUCCUGAAAACAGCUGAAUCUGAGUACUCUUGUGCUCAUAGGCAUGUAAUGUCUAGUUCAACUCAGUGAGAGGUUUGGAGAAUAAACUGCGCUUGAAAAACAGUUGUAAAUGGUACCGAUUAAAGCUCAAUUUAAAAUAAA